AUGAAUUUGCAAUUGGACAAAACUUCAGAAGUGAUAUAUGAAGAUGGUGAAAAGAAAGAAGAAAUCAUAGGCGAAAUAUUCAUCAGAUGCAAUAAUGUUUUGUUCAUAAGAGAGGACAAAGAUGUACAGAAUGGAUCUGGCAGUGGUGAAGCAGACAUCAAAAUGGAAGAUGGUAAUUAG